CCCAACUCAACGGGCUCCAUGCUUUCCCCCGCGUUCUGGGGGUCUAAUCUUGAUUAACGGGGAGAUAGAUUGCGGGGGAGAUACAGGUCUGUUUGAUACGUAUCUGAUCUUCUAUUGGUUGGAGGUUUGCUUGGCUGUAGCGAUUCCGACUAGCCGGCCUGGCCGUUGGAAAUAGUCUACAGCGAAAAGUAUAUUACCUUGACUGUCCUGACUCAAUCUGACACUCAUCACUCAUCACCAUCAUCUUACACUGUUCACGAUGGCUCAGAGCACAGAAGCCCAGAACUCCGACAACAAGUCCGAUAUCAACGUCAGGCACAACUACGACGUUGAUGUCGGCAGAGUUGAGAAUGUCGAAAGUUUCACCAAGAGUCCAGAUGCAGUUGAUGACAACAUUCUCCUCGCUCAGGGCCAUGCCCCUGUGAUGAGGCGAUCGUUUGAUCUGUUGGGAACGCUCGGUCUUGGCUUCAGCAUCACCAACUCUUGGGUUUCAUACGCCAGUUGUUUCGGACAGAGUCUUCUCUACGGAGGUGCCCAAGCGACUGUGUUUGGACUAAUAGUCGCCUGCGCAGUGCAGUGGCUUAUCAUUCUCGGACUUGCGGAGCAAGCUUCGGCGUUUCCAUCUUCAGGAGGCCAAUAUCACUUCACGUACAUCCUCGCCCCCAAGAGAUAUCGACGUUUCGCCGCCUUUGCCGUGGGUAUCAUCAGUGUUCUUGGUUGGUGGGUGAUUACCUGCUCCGGCAUCUCGAACAACGUGCAAUGCAUCAUUGGCAUGGUCCUCUUUGUCAACCCUGAUUACCAACCUCAGAACUGGCAUUCAUACCUGCUAUACAUAGGGCUCAUUCUGAUUACACUCAUUCCCAUCUUCACGAUUCCCCAGAAACAUCUCGGAAAGUGGACUCAAGCAUGUCUCGCGAUAUCCGUCCUCGGCUUCGUCGUCGUCACAAUCACGAUCCUCGCCAUGAGCGACGGGUACAACCACCCGAGCUUCAUCACCAAAUUCGAUGGAACAAGCGGCUGGCCAAAUGGCGUUGCAUGGGUCAUGAGCAUCGGCAACGCCAUGUACGCUUUCGCUAGCAUGGAUGCUGUGAUCCACGUCGCUGAGGAAAUGCACCACCCAGGCAAGGCCAUUCCUCGAGCAAUGAACCUCACGAUGAUUAUUGGUCUCCUUACCUCAGUUCCAUUCAUCCUGGCCAUGAUGUUUGUCAUCAAAGAUCUCGAUGCUGUCAGGGCUGCCCAUCUUCCAAGUCUUGAAGUCUUUCACCAGGCUACUGGUAGCAAGUCAGCUGCACUCGGACUUCAGUCUCUUCUUGUAGUCAUUUUUUACACAUGUAUGCCUAGCCAGUGGAUCACAUGCGGCCGAUUGACUUGGGCCUUCUCGCGAGAUCGUGGACUCCCAUACUCCAACUACUGGAAUCACAUCUCACCCUCUCUGGGCUUCCCCGUUCGCACGACUCUGCUGUCUGUUGGGUUCUGCAUUAUCUAUGGGCUGUUAUACAUGGCUAGCAGUCAAGCCUUCAACUCUAUCAUCACCACUGCAGUUCUUGGUGUGAAUAUUUCAUACGCCGUCCCUCAGGCUAUCACUCUGAUUCACGGACGGGAGAACAAGUUGCCUCCAAGACCGUUUAAGCUCGGAAAAGUCGGGGGUUAUCUCUGUAAUGCGUGGACUCCUCUCUGGGUCACCACGAUUGGCAUCUUUAUUUGCUUCCCCAAUGCCAUUCCUGUAACUGCUGGGUCAAUGAAUUACGUGUGUGUUGUACUAGGAUGCAUGGUGCUUAUCCUGGUUUGCCUUUGGUUCACUGUUCGUCGUUACUUCGAUGGCCCCGCUAUCGACUACGAAAUGUUGGGCUUGAGCCGCUCAGAGUAAAAGUGCAAUGUAACAGCUAUCUAUAGCUUUCUUGCGAUGGAAAUGUCACCUUUGGGUAGGUCAGGCAGGAUGCCUGGUCUUGUUUAUACUGUGCCCCGUUAGGCAUAUUAGAAGGAGGUACUCAAAGCAAAUAUCAACAAGCAUAUUAGAAUGAUAUCA